AUGUUCCUGGUGGGCCUGACGGGGGGUAUUGCCUCGGGCAAGAGCUCAGUGAUCCAGGUGUUCCAGCAGCUGGGCUGUGCAGUGAUUGAUGUGGACGUCAUUGCCCGGCAUGUGGUCCAGCCAGGAUACCCCGCCCACCGGCGUAUUGUGGAGGCCUUUGGCACUGAGGUCUUGCUAGAGAAUGGUGAUAUCAACCGCAAGGUCCUGGGGGACCUGAUCUUUAACCAGCCUGACCUGCGGCGGCUGCUCAACACCAUCACCCACCCUGAGAUCCGCAAGGAAAUGAUGAAAGAGACCUUCAAGUACUUUCUCCGGGGAUACCGCUAUGUGAUUCUGGAUAUCCCCCUGCUGUUUGAGACCAAGAAGCUGCUCAAGUACAUGAGACAUACAGUGGUAGUGUACUGUGACCGGGACACACAGCUGAAGCGGCUGAUGCAGCGGAACAAGCUGAACCGCCAGGACGCAGAGGCCCGCAUCUCAGCUCAGCUGCCCCUGAAGGAUAAAGCACGCAUGGCCCGCCACGUUUUGGACAACUCAGGCGAGUGGAGCAUCACCAAACGCCAGGUUGUCCUCCUGCAUGCCGAGCUGGAGCACUCCCUAGAGUACCUGCCGCUGAGGCUUGGCGUCCUCACAGGCCUAGCUGGCAUUGCCAGCCUCCUCUACCUGCUCACCCGCUACCUCCUGCCUGCCCCCUAGCUGGGUACUCCAAGGCAGGAAGUCACAGGUCAGGCAUCCUGUUUCUCCCCCAACCCCUCACACCAUACACACACACUCACACAGACACACACACAUACUCACACACGAUCUGAAUCUGGGCUGUGCCCUCCUCUGGGUGGACCUUUCUUUGGAGAGCAUCCUGUUGGAAGUGGAGAAACAGCUGCCAGUCGCUAUUCCUUCCUACCUUCCCCAAGGCUUCUCCCCUCUGGCACCACCUACAGAUCAGUAUCCAUGA